AUCGUGGAUUGGGAAUUUUCUGGGUGGUAUCCAAGCUAUUGGGAGUUUGCAACCGCCAUGUCCGCUAGUGGUCGGUGGGAUGAUGAUUGGCACGAGUGGGUGAGAGAAAUAUUAUCGGACUGGUACCUCAACGAAUACGUAUGGAUACAGAUAUUGCGUCAAGAGCUCUGGUCUUAA